AUUAAGGCAAAUCUGAAGGCAAAAGGGGGUCCAACCUGGUCACAACAUGUAUCUACUGGAGUGCCCCAGGACUUGGACCACUUCUGUUUUCUAUCUACAUAUUUUUAUCAUUCAAAAAUAUGGCUUUCCAUAUCAUUGCUGUGUCAAUGAUGCUGCACUCAACUCUAAUUACUUGACCCGAGCAGUUUAAUCCUUAGCCAUUUUCUAGAAACAGCUUUAGAAAGACUUUUUUAUUAACACUUUGCCUUCUAACACUAGCACCUCCUAUGCAAACUAUUUGUUUUUGCUUUCCCUUAUUUAAAAAAAAUUUCAGUCAUGACAACAAAACAACCCGAUUCACACUUUAAUGUCAAAAUGAUGAUGAGAAGCAAACCAACUUGAUGCACCAUUUUCCACUAUAGAUUGAUGACAUCUAUGCUGGCCACCAGGGGCAGAAAUGAGAUGAAGUUUCUCACAUUCACUUUGAAGUGAGCUUGUCCUGAAUUACAAUGACAGACACCCGUCACUUGUGCAUGCUCGUAAGAGCCACUGCUUGGCAUCCGCUCACUGGAGCCCCAGUUUUAUAUUUAGACCGCAUGGGGUUGUUGAGAUGUAACCCGAAACCUUCUUUCUGUUGCCGUUUGUGAGUGUAUGAGUCUUCAGCCAUGUUAAUCUGAUAGGGCUCUAUUUUAAUCCUGAGGCCUAGGUUUGUGUGUGUACAUGCAGGUCUAUGAGACCGUAAAUGUGUAGUUUGUUUUGCUGUGAAUGCCUGAAGGCUGCUGAUUAAUGCUUGUUUAUAGUGAUUAUGUAAUAAUACUAGCUUUUUGCCUUUUUAGAGUUGGGGAUUGAGAUAAUAUUGAGAUUCCUGAUUUUUUUUUUUUAUUAAUGAGGGAUAGUUCAACAAAAUGUCAGGUUCAUUAAGUUAACCUACUGCCUCAUGUAGGUCCAAGUAUGAAUAGAUUUCGUAUAAUCACUGUACACAAAGGUAUUUUGACCAAUAUUGUUUUUGUAUAUACAAAUAAAAUCAAUUUGGUCAUAACAGUAAUGAUAAAUAAGAGGCUAUAUCAAAUUAAUAAAGUAUUUUUUGUAUAUGUUAUAACAUCGUUACAAAAUAUGGACACGUUACUUACAUUCAUCAAUGAUGUUUUAAUUAUUGGUAUUUCGUUAAUGUUGACGUUUCUUCGUAAAGGUUACGUAAACUAAUUAAUAUUCAUAUUUCAAGUCGUCUCAGCAAAUCAGCUUCCUCGGCAAGCGUCACGCAAACUAAUUAAUAUUCAUGAGCCGCUUGAGGAUUUGUAAACUCUUGACUUUCUUUGAGGGAGCAACACAAGGCAAAUGCGAGCGCAUAAAGUUGAGAGACGUUAAGUUACUGGGUCGCUUUUAUCGACAAACAUUACUUAAACGAGUCUAGAGGAUUACCCUGGCUUCAGAAGGAAUUUACUCAUAAGGAACCGGCUUUCAGAAGGACUUUGUCUGCUCUUUGUGAUCGUAUUCAUUAAAAGUAACCCAGUGUUUCAGAAAGGGAACACAUUAUUUCGUUGGAAAGUCGUGUUUAUUGUACUGUUUACCCACUUUUCCAUUGCCUUGAGCUUUAACAACGGAACGUCUUUGACAAAAUCGACAGUUUUAGGGGAUUUAUCUACCUCGUUAUAUGCUGUGAUUUGCUUUUUCUGUUUGCAAACAAACAUUUGGAAGGGGCUUUUCGCUUUCGUGUGAUUUACUUGUGAAACACUAUUGCCUUCCUAACCGCUGGUUGGUACCUUUCCCUGGAGCAGGAGCUGUUUAUAGCAUCACUAUCAUGUAACGUUGCUUUUGGACGCACAUGUGCUUUUUAAAUCACGGACAGUAAGCGGCACUGAGAUGCAGAAGUUCUGCUUGACGGUCCUGCUGGUGCUGCGCGGCCUGAUCAUCUGCGUCUGCUCCAGCGAUCAAGCACAGCAGCAGCCCGGACUCAACAGAGACACCACUGUGACCCCCAUAGAUACAUGUCUACAAAUGAGUCCUCCAUGUAUUACGGAGGCGGAUCGAUUCAGCCUGGAGGCCCUUCAGCACAUCCACAGAGAGAUGGAUGAUGAUCAGGAUGGAGGCAUUGAGGUGGAGGAGAGUGUGGAGUUCAUCAUUGAAGACAUGCAGCAGCAGCAACAGGCAAACAAGCAUAGUAAACUCCAUCACGAGGACCAGCAUAUCACUUUAGAGGAGCUUUGGAGGAGCUGGAAAUCUUCUGAAGUUCAUAACUGGACACAGGAGGAUGUAUUACAGUGGCUAAGAGAGUUUGUGGAGUUGCCUCAGUAUGAAAAGAGCUUCAAAGAGCUGCGUGUCAGUGGAAACACUUUGCCCAGAAUUGCUUCCAAUGAGCCAUCAUUCAUGAGCAGCUAUCUGAAGAUCCAGGACCAGCAACACAAACAAAAACUCAAGCUCAAAGCCCUGGAUGUAGUUCUGUUUGGUCCACCUAUACGACCCCCACACAACUGGUUGAAGGAUGUUCUUCUGAUUGUGUCUAUAGUAAUGGGAAUUGGUGGCUGCUGGUUUGCACAUGUACAGAGUAAAUCAUCUAAGGUGCACAUUUCAAAGAUGAUGAAGGAUCUGGAAAGCUUGCAGAGAGCUGAACAAAGCCUCAGAGAUUUACAGGAGCAGUUGGAAAAGGCCCAGGAGGAGAAGCGCACAGUGACGGUAGAGAAGAAGAAUCUGGAGGAAAAGAUGAGGGAUGAGAUUCAGGGAGCUCAGGAAGAAGCAAACCGUCUGCACAGACUGCGAGAUGGAGCUGUGACUGAACUCAGCCGUCUGUGGUAUGCGGAGGAGGAGCUCGAACAGGUGCGCGGUGCACUGAAGAGGGCAGAGAAAGAUAUGCAGACCCUUUGGUCAGUUCCUGAAUCCUUGCAGCUGUGGCUACAGCUCACCCAUGAGGUGGAGGUUCAGUACUACAACGUCAAGAAGCAAAGUGCAGAACAACAACUCAUCACAGCUAAAGAUGAGGCAGAGAAGAUCAAGAAGAAAAGGAGUUCAGUGUUAGGUACCCUACAUGUUGCACACAGCUCCUCGCUGGAUCAAGUGGACCAGAGAAUUCUGGAGGCCAAGAAUGCUCUCGCAGAGGUGACUGCGUGUCUACGGGAGCGUCUGCACCGCUGGCAGCAGAUUGAGAGCUUGUGUGGUUUUCCUCUGAUGAAAAAUGCAGGUCUGCCAAAUCUCACCGCUACACUCUACCCAGACCCCAACUGGAUGCUCAUGCCUCGAGCUGCACUGCAGUCCUACCAAGUGCCUGUUUCAGUGGAGGACAUGGAGGAGGAAAUGCCACAGAUUAUACCACAGAUUCCUGUCACAGUUGCACCUUUGAAGUGUUCUCCACGGUCUCUGGUUCGCUCCCGUCGAUCUGGGCAUAUGGUGCCAUCUCCUGUCAUUGUAUCACCUGACCCAGACCUCCUGAUACCCAUACGAUCUCCACAAAGCCGAUAUGGAGAUGAUGAAGAAGGACAUAUCAAAUACACCCCUAUUGUGAAACAGGAGUCAAUGGAAACAUCUUCAGAUACAGAGUCCAUCGGGUCCUCCAUUAGCCGAAAGUACAGCACCCUUGACGUCCCACCACGAAGAAAAUACAUUUUCUCUGAUAAAAUGCCUCGAAAGAUCUCCCUGGAUGAACAAGAGGACACUUCCUCACGCAAAACUUCUCAGGAGGAGAUGGACGAGUCUUUGAUGGUGACCACCUCAAGGAAAGCAUCACGAGAGGAACUGGACAUCAAUACUCCAUCAAGAAAGACAUCUAGAGAAGAAUUAGACGAGCCUCCUAAACAACUGUUUAGAGGAGAAACCGAGAUUUGCUUUGAUUCAAGGAAAUUACCCAGAGAUCUGUCUUUAGAUUCGACAGUGAGGUACUACUCUACAGAAAAGAUGUCUCCAGUUGCCAUCAGCAUGGACAGUCAAAGACAACGAUCGAUCAGAGAGAGAAAAGAUCACAUGGACAGCAUUUCUAGAGUUAUACCAAAAGCAGAGUUUGAUAUAGAUGCCACAACUGGAUCUAGAUAUGCAGAUGCCUUACUCAACACAUCCAUUAAACACAAAGAAAACCUGGACUUUGCAAGUAACAUCCAGCGAGGAAGAAUGUUUAGGGAAAACUCCUUUGAUUCCAACUUUGAUAGUUCAGUGGAAAGCUCGAAGAAAUUGAAGACGUUAGCCAGAGCAGACCUAUCCAAAGACAUCCCUUCACGGAUGAUGGCUCAAGAUGAAUUCGAUGCGUCAGCAGAUUUGGAAAGACUAAAAAUGAGAGACAUUGCGAUGGAGACUGCUUCGAGGAACAUACUGAGAGAAGAGUUUGAUAGAAGCAAGUCCUUAAAAGAGAGCAGGGAUAUCCGGAUGGAAAUUCCAUCAAAAAAACUCUUCCGGGAUGAGCAAGAGGUCGCGAUGGAGACACAACGGAUUCAGCAGAAAUUAGACAGCUCUCUGGAAACUCCAAUUAGUAAAAUACAGAGAGAGCUCAUGGGUCUGUCUGUGGAGGCUCCAAGGCGCAAGAUAUCGCAGGAGGAGUUUGUUGUUACAAACCCAGGACAGUUUGGCCCUCCUGACCUCACCGCCAGUUCUUUGAUGCUCUGCAAACCACAAUUGGAUUCGAUCAGCACACUAGUGUAUGAUGGGAUUCUGGAAAAGUCCUAUGAAAGCCCUCUUAUGUCUAGUCCUGGCGAUCUCAGUCACGCUGCAUCAGUUUCUAGCUCUAUUCAAAGUCUUGUGGGAAAUGAAGGACAAUCAGCCCAUUCGUCAUCUUCAGAAUCUGGCGGAAAAGAAAAAGGCAAGAAAACCUCUAAGCUCAAGAGUUUGUUUAAGAAGAAAAAGGAGAAGGAUAAAGACUCAUGAAGGUCAACAAGUAGGAAUUUAGUCACUAUUAAAAUGUCUGAAGAUCUUAGAAAACUGUCUUAGAAAUCAGCCUCAUUGACCUGCCUUGUAUUUAGAUGUUCUCAAAAAAAAAAAAAAAAAAAGAAUCUGCUGGAUUUUAUAAGAAUCAUAAAAUAGCCUGUUUAAUGCAGUCUGGUAAAACAAUACAGCAGAACUCCAUUUUGGAUUGGAUUCAUAUAAACCAGUAUACGGUUCCAGUGUUUUUAAAGUAAUACCACAGGUGAAUUAUGUGCUAUCCAAGGAAUGUUUCAUGUAACACUUGCUCAUUUUACAAAUCUGAACAACACUUUUCCUUGAUAAAAAAAAAAAAAAAACAUUUUGUCUGUGGAAAGUUCCAUCCCGGAACCAUAUGUGCCAGUAGAGAACCUAUUUUAAAGGGUGUACAUGCUCAGUCCAGUAAUCUAAAUAAGACACUAUUGAAUGAUUUUAAGGUAGAGAAACAACACUGGCUCAUUGGAACUAUGUGCUUCAGCCUACAUUUUUGUGAAACUAAAGAUGUAAUUAAACAGACAUUUGACUGCAGUUAAAAAGAACACUGCCAGGCAGUAUGAUGCCAACAAAUUGGAUUAUUUCCAUACUGUACAAAUAAAGGAUUAUAUUUGUGCCAUUUUUGGACAAUGCCAGAUAAACACCACAAAAACCAUAAUGAUGUAUGAAUUAUGAAAUGGUAAUCAAAAAACAAUUGCCUCGCCUGUUUAUCUUCAUAUUGACAACGUUUUUGAUGUGAUCAGUUUGCUCUGUAACUCACUUUGUAUAGUGUUGUACUUGUGCUGCUUAGUUUUGAGUCUGGUAAAGCAUGUUUCUACCAAAAAGACGAAAACAAUGUGAAAUCAAGGUAUAACAUGGCCCCAUG